AUGUAUGACGUCAUUACCGGAACGAGGAGAGAUAAGAAGGCGAAAAGAGAACGCAUUCCUUCUGGUUGGAAAUACACACGGAGCGGAACCGAAAAUGGUAUGCUUGAAAGGCGAGAAAGUGGGCGUGGCCUCGCUUAUCGUGUCUCGCCCUUUCCGCCAGCUUUUCCUCACUUUGAGGCUUUUAAGGCGAUUGCUAAGGUGUUAGGGACACUUAUCGAUGUAUUUUUUGGAAAAUUUUGACAGGCGCCAAAUUCUAGAGGUUCUUACUUUGUUCUGAAAAUUUUUGGUCCUGAAAAACACUCAAGGGGUCACUUAUUUCGGAUGAAAACUGUACUGAAUCAGAUGAACCCAAUUUAUCGAUUGAUAAGUCCAUUCUGAAUAAUUUCUAACUUCAUUUCUCUUGGGUAAAAUUUCGAACUGGAAAAUCACUCAAGGAUCCAAUUCAGUAAAAAAAAAUUUUUAGUCGUUAUUUUUCUAAUUUUUAUUUUUCAUAUUGUCCUUCAGCUAAGCGACUCGGCUAAGCAACUCGGCUAAGCGACUCGACUAUGCGACGCGGCUAAGUGACUCUGCUGAGCGACUCGACUGAGCGACUCGGCUAUAUGACUCGGCUAUACAACUCGGCUAUGCGACGCGGCUAUGCGACGCGGCUAAGUGACUCUGCUGAGCGACUCGACUGAGCGACUCGGCUAUAUGACUCGGCGAUACAACUCGGCUAUGCGACGCGGCUAUGCGACGCGGCUAAGUGACUUGCUGAGCGACUCGACUGAGCGACUCGGCUAUAUGACUCGGCUAUACAACUCGGCUAUGCGACGCGGCUAUGCGACGCGGCUAAGUGACUCUGCUGAGCGACUCGACUGA